CAUUUUUGGGGACCAGUUGCAAAUUGGGGUUUACCAUUGGCUGCAAUAGGGGAUCUGAAGAAAAACCCAGAAAUUAUAAGUGGAAAAAUGACUCUCGCUUUGUCUAUCUACUCAAUUUUGUUCAUGAGGUUUGCAUGGAAAGUCAUCCCACGUAAUCUUCUGCUCAUGUCUUGUCAUGUGACGAACGAGGUGGCGCAGUUGACGCAAGGUGCUAGGUUUAUCAACUACCAUUAUCUAAUGGAUGAAGAGGAACGAACAAAGUACCAUCUGAAAUUUGUUGAUGAAGUACUGCACACACACCCACAGGAGUUCCCAUUGGCACACCCAAUUCAACACCCACCACCCUACACUGAACAGGAACUCAAAAAGGAAGUGGAAGAGUUUGAGAAGUUUUAUCAAGUGAAGCCAGACACAAAGAUUAAACCCACUAUUUAA